CCGAAAAAAAAUCCGUGUUUUCCCGGUUUUUGGCCAGAUUUUUAUCAGUUCCGAAAUGAUUAGGAAAUUUUCAAAAUACUGGCGAGAGUCAGCUUCUUUACUUGUGCUCGCCCGUACGAAACCAAUCUCGGUAAACGAUUAUAAUUAUAAGGUGCUGGUUUUUAAAAGACCAGAAAAAUCGUCUUUUAUGCCCAACAGCAUCGUUUUUCCCGGUGGUGCCUUCGAUAAGCAAGACGAUUCGCCGGCGUGGAAUGGACUGCUGAAGGAUCGCGGUGUGUCUCCGGAGGCUUUGGCUAAUCUUAGUAACGUUGCCGGCUCCCGGCCACACAUUUUUUGCACAGAAAAUCCUCAAGAACUCGACCGAAAUCUGUCGCUUCGGUUAUGCGCGUUACGGGAAACGUUUGAAGAACUCGGACUGCUGUUAGUUGGUGAUAAUGGCAGAGGAAAUAGUGAAAGCGCGUACAGCCAAUUCCUAACGUCGUUCGAUAUCGCUGAUUGGCAGCGGCGGAUACAUGAUGGAGAAGAUAGCUUUGUAAAGUUGCAUAGCGAGUUAGGGACGGUUCCGGAUGUAUUUAGACUGUACGAAUGGUCGUGUUGGCUGACCCCGGUAAUGUUCCGAAAGCGACGCUUCGCAACAGCGUUCUAUCUAGCAGUACUAAACAGCCAGCCGGAAGUUUAUCCUGAACCACACGAAGUGCAGGAACACUGGUGGGACACGCCGUCCGCUUUGCUGGAAGCUCACAGACGAGAGGAAUUAUGGUUGGCACCGCCACAAGCCUACGAACUAACCCGCCUUAGCUUUGUCCGAGAUAUUGAUCGGAUUGCAAGGUUUGCUGUUGCACGGAACCGUCUCGGUUCCACGCUUCUCUGUCCGGUUCAGUACAACGCGGCCAACGGAGUACUGUUCGUUCUUCCGGGGGAUGAUCUCUAUCCGGAUGAUUAUGAUGGAAUAUCGGAACAUGCCGAUCUCAACCGGUAUGCCGACAUGCCGUUGGAAGAUAUACGGAAGCAGGCAAAACGAUUGAACCGCACCGAACACACUGAUACGCAUCAUCAGACCUACUUCCUCAAUCUUACGUCGCUCGAUGGGCAUUUGCAUGUUAAAGGUAAUAACCAACAUUUACCGGAACUGUAAAUUGUUGGUUUUUUUUUGUUAAGUUUGAGGAAAAUAGUUGAGGGUUUUUUAUGGCGAUUUUAGAUGGUGAUUAGAGACAAGUACACGAGACAAAGUUAUUCCAACAAUAAAUCCCAAUAACCAGGUACUUUAUUUCAUACCAAC